CCUCCACUGACGCCAUCCAGGAAGAACCGCCCUCACUUCAGCGAAGUUUGUCGGGUAGCUUAGCGAAUGGAGUCGAGAGCUAGAAGUAAACACAAGUGGCCUUAGAAUGUUUUAAAGUUUUCCCGCUGAUGAACAUAAGAUCUAUGAGAUGGAUGAUAUCAAUUUACACUACAGAUUUAUGAACUGGCGGCGCAGGAUCAGAGAAAUCAGGGAAGUCCGUGCUGUUCGUUAUCAAGAGCGAUACAAACGAAUGUUGAAGAAUGGAGACACGCUAAGUUACCAAGGGAACUCUGAUGAAGUUGGCUGCUACGUGGCUCCACGCCCCUUAUCAAAGGGAAACUGUUACUUCGAGGUGACCAUUAUGGAUACUGGAGUUCGAGGGACCAUUGCUGUUGGCCUGGUUCCCCAGUAUUACAAACUUGACCAACAGCCUGGCUGGCUUCCACAUUCAAUAGCUUACCAUGCGGAUGAUGGAAAAUUGUACAACGGCAACACUGUCGGUCAGCAGUUCGGUCCUAAAUGUAACCGCGGUGACCGAAUUGGUUGUGGUAUCUAUGCAGACACUUUCGAUGCCGGACUCGUCACUGUGUUUUUCACAAAGAAUGGAAAGGAGGUGGGCUCAGUGGUGGUGCCGGUGGUUCCAGAUGGGCUUUUCCCUGCCAUUGGCAUGCACUCCCUCGGUGAAGAGGUACGGUUGGACCUGCAGGCAGAAUGGGGUUCGGAGGAGGACGACAGCGUCAUGAUGGUGGACAGCCAUGAGGAUGAAUGGGCACGCCUGUAUGAUGUCAGAGUAAGCGGCACGGUGAGUGAGGGAUGGCCAUCAAAAACCUGACCAAAUGUGAAACCA